CCGUCCCCGGUGGCAGAGUCACCGAAGACCCAUUGGAACGACUAGUGGGUUGACCCAGCUAGCUUCACGACCCGCUGCCGCCGCCGCCGCCGCCGCCUUCUUCGCCGCAGGUAGGGCAGCAGCUCUGCUCGAGACCCUUUGCCCGACACCCAGCCGCCGGCCGCCCCGUCCCCGCCUCUGCCUGCCUCGCCGGUCCUCCGCUCCUGCCUCCCCGUUGCGCCCUCGGCCUGCCCGGCGCUCGGCGCCAGCCGCACCACCGUCCCAGGCCGCGACCCUGCCCUGUCCCGGCCGCCUGGCGCCCCUGCAAGCCGGCGGGAGCCUCCCAGUCCGCACUCCGGCACUCGGCUCGGCCUGAUUUGAGACGCAGGGCUUAGGCUUGGUUGGGAGGAUUGGGAGGAGCAGAGCAGAACGCGACAGCGGCAGCGAUGGCUACAGCGAGGAAGGGGACAGCGACGCCGCUGGCCUCCGCGUUCUCGCCGGAGGAGACGAGGAGGGCCGUGUCCCGCGUGGCCCAGGCCAUCGCCGACCGUCGCGCCGACCUCGCGCGCGUCCAGGGCUUCUUCGCUGACAAUGCCGCCCUCGUCAACCUCGUCCAGCGCCUCCCUGACGAGCUCUCCCACCAAAUCAUGGUCCCCUUUGGGGGCGCCGCCUUUUUCCCGGGAAGUUUGAUCCACACCAAUGAGCUCCUGGUGCUUCUGGGGGAUGGGUACUACGCGGAUAGGUCAGCGAAGCAGACGACCGAGAUACUGCACAGGAGAGGGAUGGAGUUAGAGGCUCAAAUGGAGGCCAUCAAGGCAACCAUCUCCGACCUCGAGGCUGAGGCCAAGUUCUUCGAGUCCACCGCUGCCGAGGCUUCGGAGGGUCUUGUUGAAAUAAGGGAAGAAUAUGAUGAAGAAGACACAGAAAUACUUUCAUCAAAAACAGAGGCUUCAAGUUCUUCUGGGGGCAUAUCAGAUGAGGAACAUGCUCGGAUGAUGGCUAGGUUUGAUGAGCUUGAAAUGUUAGAAAAGGAAGCUGGAAGUACUUCCGAAGAUGAAGGUGACGACGACGACGAUGAAGAUGAAGAUGCUGAAACAAGUGAGGAUGGUGAGGAAAACGGGGACACAUUAAGUUACGGCAAUGAGCAUGACAAUGUUAGUUUUGGUGCCUCAGUUUCUGGAAGUGGUGGUAACGACCAGCGUCAAGGAAAUGGCCAGCUGAAGAGUGCACUAAAGAAGCUAGGAGAAAAGGAAGCAUUGCAAGGUUCUUCUCUUGCGCCAUCAGGCAGUACCUCCAUAACAAACUCUGAAGUUCAGGCUUCACUUAGAAAAGCUGUUUCUUUUAAAGAUGAGAACGGGCAAAUAGUUAGUUCAUCAAGGUACUCUUCAGGACCCAAGGUUUCUUCAUCUCGCGAUCGGAAGAUACUACCAGGUGGACAAAAGGCUUUCACGGGAUCUAUUGUUGAACACGAUGAAGGUCUCUCAGCGAUCGAACAACCAAGGAGUAAUGAUAGUGAGAAAGCUGCUAGUUCUGCUUCUUCUUCAAGGCCUAUGUCUAGAUUCAAGAUGCAGAAGGGAGGGCGUUGAGUAUGUCUCGUCGACAAUAGGAUUACAGACUCAUCUACUUUGAGUGGCUGGCAAGAGCUGCAUUGACAAGAAGUACUAUGAGAGACGGCAUGCUGUGAUGCGCCGCAGUUUGGACGGGGGUUCUUUGAGUUUGUCAAUGCGCUGGGAAGGACAAAAGUGUUGGCAUUCUGAAUGUAUGGCACUGUCACCUCAACUUUGAUCCUGGGUCCUUUGCCGUUGCCUGUAUGGUGGAAUGGUUUGAUGCGCGUCUACAAUUUGUACACGCAAUAUGCUUAGAAAUGCAAAAAAAAAAAACUUAUAAGGAAUUGAAA